AUGCAAUCGAUAUCGAUCUGGGAUAAGGGAACGGCAUCGAGCCCAAGCAAGCCGAAACGGAUAUCUUUGGCCGCUCUCGCGCCACUGCCGCCGCCGCCGCCGCUAUUCCUGGUCGCGCCUAAGCCAAACGACGUGCCAUACACUGAAGCGUUCCGUCGGCAAAAGCAAACGAGCCUGGCGCGCAUGAAACGCCGCCCUCUACCGUUGAUGGCAGACGCCCAUCAAGAGGCGACACACCCUGUACCACUGCCGAGCCGGAUCAAGAGGAAUACGGCCUGCACAUCUUGCCGUGAUGCUAAGGUCCGCUGCAAUCCAAGCUCGAACCCGGAUCAGCCAUGUCAACGAUGUGCGAAGUUACAGUUAACAUGCGUCGUCGAUAAGACGCAUAAGAGGCUAUCUCGAAGAAGUAAACUAGAUGAACUUGCACAAGAAAUUCAGUCUAUCAAGGAGUCUGUGGGUUCAGCCUCAUCUAACAGUCUUCCGGCAUCAAACGCCGUAAUCACCCCUUCGAGGGACUCAGAGCAACUAGGCAUAACUUCUCCAAGUACUGGCUCUUCUCGGUCCCGGCAACAUGUUGCUGUCGGACCUGUGGGCACAGGUGCCAUUGAGCCCCCUGUGGCAUUAAAUACACCCGUGACGACAGUCAUACAGGAUACAAGUACUGGCCCCAGUCUGCCCCGAACUCUGGGUUCGUACCCCUUCUCUGGCGAAGAUAUCGACUAUUACUUCCAGAAGUUCUUCGAAUGUUAUCACCCGUACAUGCCCGUGGUACGCUAUCGUGACGCCAAUAAAUGUUACGAGUCUUGCCCUCUUCUCUUCUGGACUAUUAUCUACGUGGCCUCCCUUCGUUAUGCAAAAAGCAAGUCAUUAAUCACCUUCCUGUCGGAGGAGAUUCGACGGCAGGUAUUUAUGGCAUUGGGUGAAGUUCCUAUUACACUGCCCACCCUCAACGCCAUAAUCUUGAUUUGCUCCUGGAUUUUCCCGAGCUGUCGUUUUCAUCAUGACCCAUCGGUCAUGCUCUCUAGCAUGACUACUAAUGCUGCACUUCUAUUGGGACUGCACACCGGGAAGGGGGGCCACCCGGAAUAUAGUCAUGGGGUAUUUAAGAACAAUUUCACAGACGAAGAGGCAACCUAUACUUGGGCAGGGCUCAAUAUUGUGUCACAGAGAGUGUCUUCAUUCAUGGGGCUGCCUCCCGUUACUUCCUUAUUCAAUCAGACCAUUCAAAACACCAUUGAUGGACGAACGCCUUUUCACGUCCCAUCUGGCUUUCGCAUUCUUUUGGAAUGUCAGAAAUUCAGCAACCAUAUCAGCAAAAUAGUACUGGCCAACCUUCAAGAGUCAAGCGGGGUAUCGACCCACAUAGUUCAAGUGCUGGAAGACGAAUGGAAUACCUUGCAAGGGAUGAUAUGUUCUGAACGAGCAGACGACUUAGAUAGGUUCAAUGCCUUGCUCGUACGGCUUGAGAUACAGGUCUACUACAUGAUGCCCGCACCGGGUUACAGUCCGAGGCUCUUGAAGCAGCUCAUUCUACGCACAUACCACACGGCUACUUCAGUUCUUCAAAAUGUCCAAGAGCUGGAUCAGAAGAUUGGGCUUCUGAGCCACAUCACAUAUCCACAAUUCCGUUCCCUGAUAACAGCAAGCUGUGUCAUCUUCAAGUUGCUACGCUCGUCAUACAUGCAGUUCCUGGACCGCAAGUCCGUCGAGGCCACGGCGGCAGACGCGAUCUCGAUUUGCGAGCGAUUGAGCGUCGUGGAAGGCGAUAUGCCUCUGCGUCUAAAGGCAUUGCUCAAGACAUUUCUUGAACUUUACCACUCUUCUUCGGACCCAGGUGCAUCAUGGCAGACCGAGGAGCCUGUUGCUGCGAACUUCCGGCAGCGUCUUGGGGCCGCCGUAACCUUCGAUUGCUUGAUGUCGUGGAAGUCGGACGGCAGGAUAAAGCGCGGCCCGAACCAACAGACGCCCAAUCCCCCGAACGAAAACACCGGGGAGGAGACAGAUACCCUUCUAGCCGGUAUUGUGCCUGAUUCAUUGGCUAUUGAUUGGACUUUCAUGGACGACUUCGAGUGGACUUGGACGCCGCCUGGUCUAGCUCCACCGAUAAACUUAUGGCAUGGCAUGGCACGUUGA